GGGCUUCUGGAGGGAGCAAUGUGAUCGGGGUGGCUCUAACAAGGAGCAUCGUUCCAUUUACCCAGAGGAAUGUGGGCUUGCUGUGCCACACACGGCGCCAGGCAUCUUCCAUUGGUGCCGAGAGCGUGAUCAGUCUGUGCUGGGGUGGGACAGCUCUGCAAAAGUGCUGGCAGGCUGCUGUGCGGCCCGGAGCUGUGGGUGCUGCUGGGCAUGGGGAGAUGGCAAGAAAGGAUGGAUGCUCUUGGAGCUUUCCAGACUUACUGCAUUCCAGCCACCCUGAAACCCAGCGUGCUAGGGAUUGUGUACACAGCAGGCACCGUAUUCAUCCAGAGUAGGAAGCUUUCCCUGUCCCGAGCAGCUAACUGUCUCAAAAGCAAAAACAGAUUCAGGCAAAACGCACAGCCAGAGAUGUGCCAAGCAGUAGGCUUGGCAGCAUCACUCCAUUAUCUUCUGUUGUUGGAUGGAGAUGUUGGCCUGGAGUGCUGACGCAUGUAUGUAAUUUUCCCCUUCCUUAACUCCAUGCUCAUCUCUGGGUGCUUCUUAGACUUGAUCCUAAAUGAGCUAAACAUAGAUAAUUACUGCUGAGUAGUACCUGCUCUGCAGAGUGCCAUGUGUUGUGUCUUCACGGCUCUUCCAGCUGCUUUGGAGAUAUAGGGUAAGAGCCUGACUCCAAGGAGCGCAGCCUUUGGUGUUGCAGUGUGAAGCCACGUGGUAGGCUACAGCCACGCUGAAUUUCUGGCUUUCCCUGCCUCCAAAAUGCAAACAAAUAUAUCGGUGGAAAAAUCCCAAACCCACAGUUCUGCAUUUUAUGUCUUCUGGGACGGACUGAGCUAGUACUUUGAUAUUGUUCCUGUUCAUUAGUAAGUUCUGGUCUAAUGCUUUUGGUCUAGUGUUUGAAAUCAGGACUUUGCAUGUUAAAAUCUGGUGUCCCCGAGGUGUAAACACAGCCAUGCACAUGGCCCUUUAGACAAGUGCCUCAAUUUAAGGCUUCUGUAGCUUUCAAAGGUGCUGAGCACGUUGCCCAGAGGGAGCAAGGGGGCUCAGUACUUCUGCAUAUCUGGAUUCUGGGGUUCUCUGCAUCCAUGUACAGCAGAGGGUUGGUGCUGCCCGAGAACUGUGUGUGAACUGAACUGGCUAGGGAAUAAUCUUUCCAAGGUUGUGGAGUGCCCACUUUUUUGCUUGGCUUUUGAUUCUAACCCUUCUGGAUAGUCUGUGGGAAACAGCAGACAUUGGAUUCUCUCUCAAAACGUCCUAGAGCUGCUCCUUGCUUUACUACGUUAUUCUUCCACGGCUGUCAGUCUUUGCUCCUCAGUUCUGGGGUGUUUUAGGACCGUUGGGGCUGUUGAACUGCAGACCUGGUGGUGAGGAGUUAAUGUCUUUGUGUUCACCUGACAGGCACAUGAAGAAAUCCCUGUGCCCUCCAGGGAAGGUCGUGUAACAGUGAUUUCUCCCCUGCCUUUGGUGAGCGGGAGCUGUUAGGGGUGACGGUGACAGAAACGUUACGUUAAGCUAGGAUAGGGUUACUGACUCACAGUCCAGACAUGAGAUCUACCCGAGCAUCCUUAAUCUCAGAAACAAGUCCAUUAAAAACAAUCAUUCUUUCAGGUUUUUAUUGACCCUUGGCUGUUUUUGGGGUUGUGUCCCUGUGGGUUUCCACAGGAAAACUGUUUGUGUAAUUGCUGCCCUUGACAAAAUGGAGUGGAUACCAAGAAAGGUGGUGGAGGUGACAUCCUCUGGGUACCUUCACACAAAUUAGAUAAAACAAUAUGUUCAGUCAGAUGUUCUGUCAACACGGGCUUUCUUUAGCCGCUCAGGCAAUGUGCCUACAUGUUUAUAACUCUGAUAAGGCUUUUGUUUUUAGUGCAGUGGCUCAGAGUGUCUUUAUGGGGGAGAUGAGACCACAGUGUGAUCCCAAAUGCUGAAGUCAUGGAUUGACCCCUCUUGCUUAGUGUGUUAGAUAUGCUUAAAAAUCAAGGAGAUCUGCAAGAUAGUUGCUUCUGUGUACUUCCUGUGUAUAGUUUUAGAUUUUUUUUGGUACUUUUACACUUCCAUCUGAAAACUUGAGGCCUGAAACGUUAAUAUUUUUGUUUGUUUAUUUUUAAAUGGAAACAGAACUUCUGAUGAAAUCGUGUGAUUCAAGAAGCUGGAGAUUGAUGAUCAAACGUUCAUUGCUAUGGAAACGAGUAAACUUGCAACGUGUUAUGCCUCCUUUUGGGCAGAAAAUCAGAGCUUUCAAGUGGAUUCCAGGCUAGCCUCUGCGAGCCCAAAGGUCCACCCCUGACGGUGUCCCCUGAUCCGUAGGAUGAGUGCAGCUUUUCCUUCUCAAGGAGAGGAACUAGUGAGAACUGGAGCAGAAGCCGAAGGCUGUGGUCUGCCCCCAGGAUACUUUGAGAUCUGAUGACCCCAUCUGUUCAGUUGCAGAACCAGACGCUAUUAAAACUGCCAAGGGAGGAACAAUGGGAAGGAAGGUCAGGCUUUGCCUACAGAAGAGUUAGUGUUUCCCUGUGCAGUCAUUGUAGGUACUUGAGGAGCACACGGCUCUUCCUGUGCAGAACCAUGUGAUGGCUCGUGGUCUGCAGCACCAUGCGGGAUCCCAGCCCUCACUCUUCGAGCCGGAGGUGAAUCCAUGGGAAGGUCGGCUAUCGUGGGAGCUGUCAGGAUGACCAAAGCACGGCUCCUCCGUCUCUCUGUGGUGCUGGUCUCCAUCUUCAUGAUUCUCCUGAUCAUCGUCUACUGGGACAACGUGGGAACAGCUCACUUCUACCUGCAUACGUCCUUUUCCAGGCCUCAUUCCCCAGAGGCCAUCCCUGGUAUCACUGCAGGUGGGGACUGGGAAGCCUUGCCAGAGGUGGAUGAGUUUCUGGCAAAGCUGCUUAGUUCAAGCCUGAAACAGAACAGCUCUUCUUCCCGAAAAACAGAGCAGCUGCUCAUCCAAGGCUCCAACAAGCCUGUGGUGAGCAAUUUGGAGGAGAAUAUACGAGGCUAUGACUGGUCGACGCACAAUGCCAGAAACAGCUUGGACCAAGAGAAGCUGCAGAUAGAGAGGCAGAGAACGUUGCGGGAGUUUUGUGCCAAUUCCAGCUUUGCCUUCCCCACUAAGGAGCGCUCCUUUGAUGACAUCCCAAACUAUGAGCUCAACCACCUGAUAGUGGAUGACCGCCACGGCAUCAUCUACUGUUACGUCCCCAAGGUGGCCUGCACCAACUGGAAACGGGUGAUGAUUGUGCUGAGCGAGAGCCUGCUGGACCAAGGGGUCCCGUACCGGAACCCCCUGGACAUCCCGCGGGAGCACGUCCACAACACCAGCACCCACUUGACUUUCAACAAAUUCUGGCGUCGAUACGGGAAAUUCUCCCGGCAUCUCAUGAAGGUCAAACUGAAGAAGUACACUAAGUUCCUCUUUGUGCGGGACCCUUUUGUCCGCCUCAUCUCUGCCUUUCGCAGCAAAUUUGAGCUGGAGAACGAGGAGUUCUACCGGCGUUUUGCCAUCCCCAUGCUAAAGCUGUACUCCAACCAUACCAACCUUCCCACCUCUGUUAGCGAGGCCUUCGGGGCGGGCCUCAAAGUCUCCUUUUCUGACUUCAUCCAGUACUUACUGGAUCCCAGGACAGAGAAGAUGGCCCCCUUCAAUGAGCACUGGCGGCAGGUGUACCGGCUGUGCCACCCGUGCCAGAUAGACUAUGAUUUCAUCGGGAAGCUGGAGACGCUGGAUGAGGAUGCUGCGUAUCUCCUGCAGCUCCUCAAAGUGGACAGGCUGCUCCGCUUCCCCCCCAGCUACCGGAACAGGACUGCCAGCAGCUGGGAGGAUGACUGGUUUGCUAAAAUCCCACUGGCUUGGAGGCAGCAGCUCUACAAGCUCUAUGAGGCAGAUUUUGUACUCUUUGGCUACCCCAAGCCAGAAAACUUGCUUAAAGACUGAAAGUGAUUGGGCUGCGGGUGUGGGAGGGAACGUCUGAAAUACCAAAAAUGUUUAAAGCCUCCUCAUUUUUUUUUUUUUUGCUCUUAACUCCCUUCUCCAUACAGGUUGGUACAAUGGAGUAUAUUUUUUCUACCGCUUCCCCUUCCGUUUUUGCAGUAAUGCCAAGUUCAGGAUAUUUCCAUCCAGCUCUGCAUACGGGAAAAAAUGCCAGUAUUUUUAUCAUUGUUUUCCAGGUUUCCUUUUUUUCUUUUUUUUUUUUUUUUAAAAUGUCCCCAUGUUUUGUGAUGGGUCACUGCCCAUGGUCACUCUGCCAGCUGUGUCCUUCAGUAGCUUUUUAUUAAUACUUUUUUAAAAUUAAUAUAUUUAAGAUAUUUAAUACAAAGUGUGUGUUGUGGCAAAGGAAAGGAAGGAAUAAUAAAAAAAAAAAGCGAAAGGAAAAGCUUAAAAA